CUGGAUAUAUUUUUGAAAAUAUUUUUUUGUAUUUGUUUUCUAUUUUAUAAUUUAGUUUUCAUAAUUUUGUAUCGGUGUUUAGGAUCUGUUUAAUGAUAUUGAUAAAUUAAAUUUUAGAAAUAGGCAGGUGUAUGUAGGUAAUGUCAUACACUGAGCUCGAACAUGGCUAUCAAGGGUUGCGGCAAGCUACUCAGCCCCAAUUUUAUGUCGGAGAUGACGGAAAUCUUGUACCGAUAAGAUCAUCAGUUUACAUGCUGACAAUGACAAGUGAGGGCGAGUUGGAUCUGUGCGAGUCGCUGGACCCGCACAGCGAUGGCGGGGGUAAGAAAGUGGUGGUCGGCGUCUGCGCCAUGGCCAAGAAGUCGCAGUCGAAGCCCAUGAAGGAGAUCCUCACGCGGCUCGACGAGUUCGAGUACAUCAAGAUGCUGGUCUUCCCAGAGGAGGUUAUCCUUAAGAAACCAGUAGAGGAGUGGCCCAUCUGCGAUUGUCUUAUAUCCUUUCAUUCAAAGGGCUUCCCUUUAGACAAGGCCAUUCAAUAUGAGAAAUUACGGAAGCCCUAUGUUAUAAACAAUCUUCACAUGCAGUAUGAUAUUCAGGAUCGUAGAAAAGUAUACGCGAUAUUGGAGGGCGAGGGUAUAGAGAUACCCAGGUACGCGGUGUUAGACAGAGAUUCGCCGGAUCCUAAACAUCACGAACUCGUGGAGUCCGAAGACCACGUGGAAGUGAACGGCGUGGUGUUCAACAAGCCGUUCGUGGAGAAACCGGUGUCGGCUGAAGAUCAUAAUAUUUACAUUUAUUACCCCACGUCCGCCGGCGGCGGCAGCCAACGACUCUUUCGAAAGAUUGGAAGUCGAAGUAGUAUAUACUCGCCAGAAUCGAGAGUCAGGAAAACAGGAUCGUUUAUCUACGAAGAUUUUAUGCCAACUGAUGGUACGGACGUAAAAGUUUACACAGUGGGCCCUGACUACGCACACGCAGAAGCUCGCAAGUCCCCGGCACUAGACGGUAAGGUCGAAAGGGAUUCGGAAGGCAAGGAGAUCAGGUACCCUGUCAUACUGUCCAACCAGGAGAAGUUGAUAUCCAGGAAAGUUUGUCUCGCCUUCAAACAAACUGUUUGUGGCUUCGAUUUACUCAGAGCGAACGGCAAAUCCUUCGUGUGUGAUGUGAACGGAUUUUCAUUUGUGAAGAACUCGAAUAAGUACUACGAUGAUUGUGCCAAGAUCCUGGGGAAUAUGAUCCUGCGGGAACUAGCGCCGACGCUGCACAUUCCAUGGUCGGUGCCCUUCCAGCUCGACGACCCGCCCAUCGUGCCCACGACCUUCGGGAAGAUGAUGGAACUGCGCUGCGUGGUGGCCGUCAUCAGACACGGGGAUAGGACGCCUAAACAGAAGAUGAAGGUGGAAGUUCGGCAUCAGAGAUUCUUUGAAAUAUUCGAAAAGUACGACGGCUUCAAGCGUGGUCAUGUGAAGUUAAAAAAGCCGAAACAACUGCAGGAGAUCCUGGACAUAGCUCGCGCGUUACUCUCAGAUAUACAGACGAGGCACGCCGACCCUGAGAUUGAGGAGAAGCAAGGGAAACUAGAACAACUCAAGAGUGUUUUGGAAAUGUACGGUCACUUCUCGGGCAUCAACCGCAAGGUGCAGAUGAAGUACCAGCCGCGCGGGCGGCCGCGGGGCUCCAGCUCGGACGACGGUAACGCGCCGCCGCACCACGUAGGCGGUGGUGGCGAGCCGUCGUUAGUGCUGAUCCUGAAGUGGGGCGGCGAGCUGACGCCGGCGGGACGGAUACAGGCUGAGGAGCUGGGCCGUAUGUUCCGCUGCAUGUACCCCGGGGGACAGGGGCGGCAUAUACCCGGUGAAGGUGGCACCCAAGGUCUUGGUUUACUCCGCCUACAUUCAACGUUCCGCCACGACCUGAAGAUAUACGCGUCGGACGAGGGUCGCGUACAGAUGACUGCAGCUGCCUUCGCUAAAGGAUUACUUGCGUUAGAAGGGGAACUCACUCCGAUACUAGUGCAGAUGGUCAAGUCUGCUAACACGAAUGGACUGCUCGAUAACGACUGUGAUUCUUCUAAAGUACAGAAUAUGGCAAAAGCUCGUCUCCACGAGGCAAUGCAAGUAGACCGGGAGUUCACUGAGGAGGACCGGUGGCGCAUCAACCCGUGCGAGUCGGUGAGCAUCAGCGCCGCCAUGGAGUUUGUCAAGAACCCCGUGCGUUGCUGUGCACACGUACACACGCUCAUACAACAUCUUGUGCAUAUCGUGCUCACUAAGAAGGACGACCCGAAGACUAAAGACACGAUAUUAUACCACGGCGAGACAUGGGAACUAAUGGGUCGGCGGUGGGGUAAAAUAGAGAAGGACUUUUGCACGAAGAACAAAACGUACGACAUAUCUAAGAUCCCUGAUAUCUACGACUGUAUCAAAUACGAUCUGCAACACAACCAACACACGUUGCAGUUCGACUUGGCAGAGGAACUGUACAUCUAUGCCAAGUACUUGGCUGAUAUUGUGAUACCUCAGGAAUACGGACUCACGAUGCAGGAAAAGCUGACAAUAGGACAAGGCAUUUGCACGCCGCUUCUGAAGAAGAUCAGAGCAGACCUGCAGCGGAACAUCGAGGAGUCGGGAGAGGAGACAGUCAAUAGGUUAAAUCCCAGAUACAGCCACGGCGUGUCGUCCCCGGGGCGCCACGUGCGCACGCGCCUGUACUUCACCAGCGAGAGCCACGUGCACUCGCUGCUCACCGUACUGCGCUUCGGGGGACUACUCGACGUAAUAAAAGACGAGCAAUGGCGUCGCGCGAUGGAGUACGUGUCGACGGUGUCGGAGCUCAACUACAUGUCGCAGAUUGUGGUCAUGCUGUACGAGGAUCCCACCAAGGAUCCUUACUCGGAGGAGAGGUUCCACGUAGAGCUCCACUUCAGUCCGGGCGUGAACUGCUGCGUGCAGAAGAACUUGCCGCCCGGGCCUGGCUUCAGGCCACACAGCCGGAAUCACUCCACUACUAACAACUCGUUACGGUAUGGUUUUGUACAGAGUUCGUCUGACGAGGUGAAGUGUAUCGAAGAGGAAGGCGAAGACGACAACAUGGCUAGUCAGGAGACACUGCAGCCGGACGCGGAGGAACUGGACAACACAUUCUCGCCGAAGAAAUUAUCGAAAUCAAAGAUUAGACCUUCUGAUCCUAUACCCAUUUGCAACCUGCACUACACGGUGAGCGGUCACGAGGCGUCGUCCCUGGCGGCGCGCCUCAACGCGGAGCUACGGGCUCGCUCGCACGCUGACGCACCCAGCCACGACGACGCACAGGGUGAUGAAAAGGAACCUAAAGACGUGGAAGAAGCGCCGCCUCGCGCGCGUUCCUACGACCAACAUAAGCAGAGCCACGACAACGAGUCGGAGUCGGCGCUGGCGGGCGCCGCGCGGUACUCCAGCUUGCAGCACGUCGCCAGGGAAGCCGCGCGGCCGGCCCCCCUCCCCGCACUGACCGUGACGCCGCCCGCGCUCGCGUCGAGCCCGAGCCCGACCGAGAGCCCGCUAACUCCCCUCAUUAACAUGGGCGGCGUCGAGUCCUCUACUAACGAGCUCCCGCUGUCCGCCAUCCCCUUCGGGUCGCGCACGGCGUCCUGGCCGCGCCUGGCGGACGGCAGCCAGUGUAGCACUCCGCGGGACGCAGGGCGGCGCCAGCGGCACAGCAUCGCCGGCCAGAUGAGCUACCUCAAGAUGCUGGGGCUCGGCGCCCGCGGCAAGCUGUCCGCCGCCGGCCUCUUCAGCACGGCCGUCAUCUCCGGGUCCAGCUCUGCGCCCAACCUCCGAGUCAUGAUCCCCACGGCGGCGUCCAGCAACGCGGCGGUGGAGGGGUUCGGCGGAGUGCCGGCCAUCCGGCCGCUGGAGACGCUGCACAACGCGCUGUCGCUGCGCCAGCUGGACGCCUUCCUGGAGCGCGUCACGGCGGCGCCCGUGCUGCUGGGCACGCCGCCCGCGCCGCCCGCGCCGCUGCCGCACAAGCAGCCGUCGCCCACCAACAGUGUGGGCUGGAGCGGUCCGUCGUCGCUGAUGUCGUCGUCGGGCGAGCUGCCGAGCGGUCUGUCGUCUGCGGGCCCUUCCUCGCCCAACUCUAACUACGCCUCCAAUUCGGAACAUAAGACCACCUCGACGGAAAGUAGCAAUUGGAGUAAAAAUGUGCCGAGCAAGCUCCCUCAGUGGGAGGGCGAGGCGGCGACGUUGUGCGCGUUGGACUCGAGCCUGCACCCAUUCAUGCCGCACUCCAACGUAGCAGGUUCAUCUAUUAGCGGCGACGUGACGCCGGUGUCCAUAGCCUCCGAGCUGGACUUCAACAGCAACGAGGCUACCGCCGGCUCCAUCACUGACCACGAUCUACUGAGUACUGAAGGUGAAGAGGAUGAAGGAACCCUUUCAGUAGACUGGUGCGGGUCGCCGGUCAAGAUGAUCAAGAACGACCUCAGCCCACAGACAUACGCCGCAGCCAGUUCCCUCAGACUGGACAACAAUCAGCCGUCCACUAGCAAAUGCUCCAGUGAAUUCUUCGGGCUAAGCUUACAGCAAACUAAAGAAUGUUUCUAUAAAGACAUGCCAACGAGUAGCAAGAAUUACAACUUAGAUAAUGAGGUUAAACAAAAGUUUUCUAAAGAAAACACUCAGUUUGUAGCUAACGUAGACUCGCCUAAUUUGCCAAGCAAAGACGGCAAGGUCAAGACUAUAAAGAAUGAUAUUCUAAACAAUGGAAGUAGAAGGUACAGUGACAGUAGUGCACAAAAAAGUAAUGUAAGUUCCCAAGCGACUGUCUCAGGCAGUAGGUUCAAGACGACAUUAGUGACAGACGAUCUGUUGAGGCCAAGCACUUCUACUGACAGUACCAAUAACUUGGUGGCCACCGAGCCAGGCAUGCCGUCGGUCACGAAGGCUAAGAAAACGAACGUUAAACCAGGCUUUACUGUGACAGAAACUUAACUGUAGUAGUACAACUCCCAUAUACUUGAGUUUAUGUUUUAGAAAAUAGAUAGAAUUUCCACCAGAAUUGCCUAAGUAUGGAUUACAUUUGUCCUGUAGACGCAUCAUCUGUGUGGCGAUCCAACAUAUUGUGUUUUAGUUUCAGUGGUAGUUAAUGCAUUCAGUGUAGUAUUAUCGAUACAAUCUCGCUAGCUUCGAACAAAACUACGUUUCUAUGCCACCACUUAUAAGUAGCCGUGCUUACAUAUAUGUCGUAUGUUUUUAGAAUUAUCUUAUAAUUUUUACACUCAUUGCUGUGAUGAUUUUAAUGUUAUUUCUCUGUGCGCUUAUAUUUAAUUGCAUAUUCAUUAAAAAUAAAAUAAUAAAAUGAAUAGGUUUUGCAAUUGUACUUACUGUUGUUUGUAUAUGCUGAAGUUUCAAGUUAAUGUAAUUGUAUCAAUGUUAUGUGUUCAUAGAUGUAAUAUGACUGAAUCAAAGGCAGUGUAGUGAAUCAAUAAUAUUCUGUUAUAGUGCUUCUUUUGCCUUACCAGCUCGCUUGAUUGUGCGCAAAAUAAUGAAUACGAUUUUCUAAAAAUGUUAAGACAUUGAUAUAUUGAAUGUAUUAUGUAUAGUUAAGAAAUUUACAUCAAAAUAAAAUAAAUGAUAAAUAAACA